GCUCAGAGAGUACAUCUUGUUCAUAUGCGAUCUUUGAUGUACCUCUCCAGACUGACACUUGUUGGAGAUCCAUGUGUUCCUGUGUGUUACCUUUCAGUAUUCAGAGGCACUACUAGCAGAUGAAGAAGCAACUUAUGUUGACAUUAACAACCUGGACAGGUGUUCUUCCUCCCGUUUGAAGUGCUGUCAUUUUUCAGAUAAGGUCAUCAUUGGUCAAUAGGAAGGUCGCUCCACACGAGGGUUGACCCAACAGUCUGGAAGCACUUCACACGUUCCACGGCGCUCUUCUUUCGUCUUGCCUGUUGCUUUUGCUUCUGCUUCUGCUCCAACAAACUAAGUCUAGAGAGAAAGUGCUGGUGAUGGACUGCUGAACGGCUUGUACGUCGCUACAAAGUGAGCUGUGUGCGCCGAUAAUUGACAGAACCGACAGUCAUGGGGAAGCAGAACAGCAAGCUCCGUCCUGAGGUGAUGCAGGACCUCCUGGAGAGCACCGACUUCACCGAGCACGAGAUCCAAGAGUGGUACAAGGGCUUCCUGAGGGACUGCCCAAGCGGGAACCUCUCCAUGGAGGAGUUCAAGAAGAUCUACGGUAACUUCUUCCCUUACGGCGAUGCCUCCAAGUUCGCGGAGCACGUCUUCCGCACGUUUGACGCUAACGGAGACGGGACAAUAGACUUCCGGGAGUUCAUCAUCGCGCUCAGUGUGACGUCACGCGGCAAACUGGAGCAGAAGCUGAAGUGGGCCUUCAGUAUGUACGACUUGGAUGGGAACGGGUACAUCAGUAAAGCUGAGAUGCUGGAGAUCGUUCAGGCGAUCUAUAAGAUGGUGUCGUCUGUGAUGAAGAUGCCUGAAGACGAGUCGACACCUGAGAAGAGGACGGAGAAGAUCUUCAGGCAGAUGGACACCAACAGGGACGGUAAGCUGUCUUUGGAGGAGUUCAUCAAAGGAGCGAAGAGCGACCCCUCCAUAGUCCGCCUGUUGCAGUGUGACCCCAGCAGCGCCGGACAGUUCUAAACCCGAGGCAUCAACACAAUCUUGCUUCUAUGGGUGACUCUCAAUGCCCUUAACUCUCCACUAAGGAGCAGACUGAUGAAGAAUGACAAGCUGAUGACGAUGAAGAUGAAAGGUUUUUAAUAUGCACUGAGGACUUCAAAGAUGAACAAACAGAGCCACAUAUUCCAGUCAACCCCCCCUGAGCUAUUUAUGUAAACCCUCCUGAGUUCAACAAAGACUGAACCUGAACCUAAGCUUCCAGAUCCCUCAUCCCAGUAACAAAAACCUGCAGAUUGUAGUUGAUGAUGAUGAUCCCUCAGUCCUCCUUUAGGCAUGUCAGAGUAAAUAGAAAGAUCACAGUAGGUUGUAAAUACAGCAUAAACUGGAGUCUCUGUAUCUGUGUCUUUGCGUGGCUCUCUGUGCCAUCCAAGGCUCCAGCAGGGGCCACACAGACCCUCUGUCAUCUGUAUGUGUAUCAUAGACAGAGCGUGUGCAUGAGGCAACGAGAAAGAGAGAGAGAGGAGAUGAUGGUAUGAAAUAACAGCUCUCACUGUAGGUGGUAUUAUUUAAUCUGCAGAGAGGACUUGUGAAGUUUGUCCUUAACUCAGAGCGAGUACUGCUUUUAGUUUCCUUUUUUUCUACUGUGAGAAUGUGUACGUGUGUUUAUGUAUUUUGCAAACUUGGUAGAUUUUGUUUCUUAUUUUGUGCUGGGGACAUAAAUUACAUGAAAAUGUAACAUGCUACGAUGCAAAGGCGCCCAACCCGGUAGUUUGUUUUGUGAAAUCUCACUGAUGUAAUGAAGGAUGCAACACAUCCCUUUAACCAUCGUCUGUCCCGGUGGUUUUCACAUCAGUAACAUUUUAAAGUUUCAGAGAGGCGGGGCGUCAGAGCGCUCCUGCUUAGGGAGGAUAGAAAACUAGUCCUUAAAGUCUGAGUACAAUGUAGAUAUAUUAAAGUGCACCUCAAAUUGUAAGUCCAGAUUGCUCGGUUCAUAAGAAAUGUUCGAUACUUAAAAGAUGUUUAUUGAAGCUGUUGCAGAAUGUUAAGCAUGCAAGCCAUUUCCAUUUCUGACACAAAUAUGAGCAGAGAUUCUUCUUCGAACUUCCCUUUUAGAUGUUUUUAAAUGCCGCAUGUUGAAUCAGUCGUGAACAGUGGGCCGCAGAGGUGAACAAACUAAAUAACACGUAUGCAUGUGACUUAAGCGCAUGUGUGUUCUGUGUAUUUUUAUGGAUAUCAGCAGCUAUUUAGCCAGUCACAAAUCCAGCUCCGUGCCUGCUUCUGUAUGUUAGUGUUUUCAUCAUUAGUACUACCAGUAGUCAGUGUUACUGCAGCGUAUUGACUGCCAAAGCUGACACAUCCUAGGGUUCAUAUGAACAGAGGAGUUUUAAGAGGACCACAAUGCACAAGAAUCUUUACAAAUGAAGACACGGCUCGGUCGUCACAGCCGAGAGCUUUUUUUCUAAGUGGAGCUGAUUCAUUUUAACACUGUAACAGAUGUACUCAGAGUUUGAUCAGUUCUUUAGUCGAGAUGCUGAGUACAUUUGCAUCAAAACAGAAUACAGUUUACAGUAUUACAAACAACACGUAGCAUUCUUAUAGCACACAUCGGUGCUACCAUCUAAAUAUGAAUCCAAUAAACUCAAAACGAAGGAUUUGACCCCACCUCUCCUUCUAUUUUUACCUUAAAAGAACAGAAGAAGUGAAACAAAAGAAGUGUCCUCCCUGAAUCUUAGAAGGACCGCUGUGAGUCUCACCUGAAUGUAACUGAGCCCUCUGCAGGGUAGAACCAAGCUGUUUCACUUAUUACAAUGUUCUCCAACACAAAGUUUUGAAUGUUUUAUAAAAGAACUGCUGUUUAUUUCUUGUUAAGAUAAAAAAAAAGAUGCAGACAAACAAGCCCAGAACAACUACUGCAGUGAUACUGUCACAAUGUGUUGCUUUUAUUGUAUUUUAAAUGACCUUGUCUUGUUUUUUUAUAAAGCUCCUUCAGGUGUAACAUUUCUAGCAUCUUGCGGUUAAGUGCCAACUUAAACAAAAACAGUAUUGUAUAAAUUUAUACUGUACAAUUGUUAUCUGUUGAACAAAAUGUUUGUAAUUGUUGCAUUUUGUAGGUUUUGUAUGGUAUCUUGUAUUCAGUGACUGCAGUUUUGGAACACAGAAUCUUGUUUUUUGGUCGACUUUCAAAGGCAAGAAUUAAAUUUACAGUUUAAUGUGUGCAAACAUGAA